AUGAUGGCAGUCAGGGUGACCGUCGACGCCAUCUCUGUGGAAACUUCCCAGGACGUUCUUCGGGCUUCGCGGGGAAAGAGUGUCACCCUGCCCUGCACCUACCACACUUCCACCUCCGAUCGAGACGGACUUAUUCAAUGGGAUAAGCUUCUCGUCACUCAUACGGAAAGGGUGUUCAUCUGGCAGUUUUCGAACAAAAACUACAUCUAUGGUGAGCUUUAUAAGAAUCGUGUCAGCAUAUCCAGCAAUGUUGAGCAGUCCGAUGCCUCCAUCACCAUUGAUCAGCUGACCAUGGCUGACAAUGGCACCUACGAGUGUUCUGUCUCGCUGAUGUCAGAUCUGGACGGCACCACCAAGUCACGUGUCCGCCUCUUGGUCCUCGUGCCACCCUCCAAACCAGAAUGCGGCAUCGAGGGAGAGACCAUAAUUGGGAACAACAUCCAGCUGACCUGCCAAUCAAAGGAGGGCUCACCAACACCUCAGUACAGCUGGAAGAGGUACAACAUCCUGAAUCAGGAGCAGCCCCUGGCCCAGCCAGCCUCAGGCCAGCCUGUCUCCCUGAAGAAUAUCUCCACAGACACAUCGGGUUACUACAUCUGUACCUCCAGCAAUGAGGAGGGGACCCAGUUCUGCAACAUCACGGUGGCCGUCAGAUCUCCCUCCAUGAACGUGGCCCUGUAUGCGGGCAUCGCGGUGGGCGUGGUUGCAGCCCUCAUUAUCACUGGCAUCAUCAUCUACUGCUGCUGCUGCCGAGGGAAGGACGACAACACCAAAGACAAGGAGGAUGCAAGGCCGAACCGGGCAGCCUAUGAGGAGCCACCAGAGCAGCUAAGAGAACUUUCCAGAGAGAGGGAGGAGGAGGAGGAGGAGGAGGAGGAGGAGGAGGAGGAGGAGGAGGACUACAGGCAAGAAGAGCAGAGGAGCACUACUGGGCGUGAAUCCCCGGACCACCUCGACCAGUGA